GUGGUUUUUACUUUGAUAUCUACUCUUCGGUUGGUCACGAGGUCGUUGCGAGCUAUGCCGUAGCGGCGGUGCGGUGCCGGAAUGACAAACAGCCCUGGGGCUUACCAUGCCGCCGCCGCCGAAAACAACCGUAACAUCGGUCACGCAGCUGCAACGUCUACGUCGACGACAGCGCAGGGACGCCGCAGUCAGACCGACGCUUCUCACUACAUCAUGCCAGCGGACCCGCACAGUUGUUGUGACCCCGCACCGACCGUGCUUUCUGGCGCCGGCAUAUGUCUGAUAGUGUUGGGCUACACCAUGUUCGGCGCUUUCACGUUUAUGACGUUGGAAAACGGCGGCCGGGACAGCGUGCAAUCGAUCCGGGGCGGUCAGCAGCAGCACCCGCAGCCACAGCCUCAGACCCAGCAACAGCAACCACAGCAACAGCAGCACAAUCAACCGCAGCAGCACCAGCAACAGCAACAGGAGCACCAGCAACAGCAACAGCAGCACCAGCAACAGCAACAGUCGCAAGCGCAGUACCAACUGGCCCGAAACGACAAGCUCAGGGCGCAGACGGUCGAGAAGCUGUGGAAGAUCACCGAAGACCUGAACAUAUUGUACCGCGACAACUGGACAAGGCUGGCCGAAGAGGAGAUCCUCAAGUUCCAGGACUCGUUGAUCAGGAAGUACGGGGGUCCCAAUCAGACAGACCGAAGACAUCGGUGGAAUUUCGCGUCGUCGUUCCUGUACUCGUUGACGUUGAUCACAACUAUCGGUUACGGUAGCGUGACGCCACAGACACCAUGGGGCCGAGUGAUCACGAUCGUAUACGCACUGAUAGGGAUACCUCUCAUGUUGCUGUACCUGUCCACGAUGGGUGAGACGCUGGCCAAGAACUUUCGGCGCAUUUACUCGAGACUAUGUUCGCCUGGACACCACGAAGACAGAGACGAGGGAGGCAGCGGUGGUGGACGGGUCAGGCCGGGUGGUGGCAAGCGGGCGCCGCCCAACACGGUUUCAAGCAACCACGUGGGUGGGAGUGACUAUUAUCGUCAUCCCUACGAGUUCGAAACCGUCUCAGGUGCGGCCGCAUACGCAGACGUCACAACCGUAGGCCUGCCGGUCGGUGGUGGACAGAAACGUGUGCCCGUGCUGCUGUCGCUGUCCGUUGUCGCGGCGUACGUGGCACUGGGCGCGUUCAUAUACCAGAAGCUUGAACGGUGGACGCUGCUUGAGGGCUCAUACUUCUGUUUCACCAGCUUGGGUACCAUCGGGUUCGGCGAGCUGGUGCCGGGUGGCGUUGAGUCCACCAAGGAUGUAUCCGUAUUCGUGUCGUCCGGUUACAUAUUGGUUGGCAUGGCCGUGGUGGCCAUGUGUUUCCAGCUAUUGCAGGACGAACUUGCUGCAAUGUCGCGUAACUGCCGGUGGUGUUGCUGUUGGUGGUGGAUGUGGUCACAGCAACAGCAGCAGCAGCAACAUCUGCAGCACAAGGACAUAAAUAUGGUCGUGUGCACGGUGGCCGGUGCCGUGGACGGUGGCGGGGGCUGCGAUGAUGAUGACUGUGGCGGCACGAUUUCGUCCACUGCGCCUCACCCUCACAACCGGGGACGGCAGCCGCCUCACCCGCACAACCGGAACAACGGCUUAGUCGCCGGUUCCUGACACGGGGAUUUUGGGCCGCCGCCG